AUGGCAUAUCGAAGAUGCUUAAUUGCAUCAAUCAAGUGCACUAAGUUUCUAUUGAGAGAAGGUCUUUCUUUUCGUGGAAAUGAUGAAAGUGUCACUUUAAGCAAUAGAGGAAAUUACUUGGAGCUAUUGCAAUUCCUUGUAGACAAUGAUGAGAAAGUUAAAGAAGUUGUGUUGGAAAAUGCUGUGGAGAAUCUCAAGUUAGUAGCUCCAAAGAUUCAAAAAUAUAUUGUCAAUGCAUGUGCUGGAGAAACACUUGAUGUUAUCAUGAGUGCAUGUGAUAUUUCUGUGAAAGAGCAAAUGGCUAUGGUGUUGCGUAAUGUAGACAACAAAGGGCAUGUAAUUGAAAGGUUUGUAGGGGUUCAACAUGUUACCGACACCACUUCAAGUACACUAAAGGAUGCCAUUGACAUGUUCUUUUCUUCCAACGGUUUGAGCUUUUCCAAGUUACAAGGACAAGGUUAUGAUGGAGCUAGCAAUAUGAGAGCACUUGUUGCCAAAACAAAGAAGAAUAUUGAUAUUGCCUCUUUCUUCACAACCACUAAUAGUGUGGUUAACCAUGUUGGAGCAUCUUGUAAGCGGCGUGAUACACUUAGAGCACAACUCCAAGAAGAGCUUGUGAUAGCUUUUGAAAAUGAUUGUCUUAUAACGGGGCGAGGUUUGCAUCAAGAAACAAGUCUCAAACGUGCUGGUGAAGCUCACAUUACGCUAUAUUGGGACUCAAAAAUGAUGUGUCACAAGCAUUGCAAAAGAAAGAUCAAGAAGAAUGCAAUGGCUUUGGUGAAAUCAUGCAAGGAAAAGCUACAUUGGAUGAGGAAUAAUGGGUUUGAUGCAUUGGUUGAAGAGGUGUCUUCAUUUUGUGACGAACAUCAUAUUGAUGUUCCUAACAUGAAUGAGGCAUUUCUACUUCUAAGGAGGUCAAGGCGUAAUGCUCCAAUAAAGACAAAUCAUCAUCAUUAUCGUGUGGAGCUCUUUAUUUAUGUCAUUGAUGAGCAACUUACGGAGUUAGAUGAUCUUUUUAAUGAGUUGAGAGGGCAUUUUCCGCCAUGA